AUGCGACCAGGCCAGGCGCACGAGGUGUUCCUAACGGCGACGAGUGAGCUCGACCCAUGGGGCCGUCCGGGGAAACUAGGAGAUGACGAGGAGGACCGCCCUGAAGCUUUGCUUCCACAAUUCCGAACACCCACCUUCAAGUGUCUUGAGGCCCGUAUUUUGGACUGUCACACCCUCCAGCUUAUCAUGGGUCUCCUUUAUCCUGCUGGUGCUGCAACCGUGUCACUCCUGGUGAUAGGAGGCUAUAUGCUCUUUCACGGAGAUGGUGAACAGUUCAAUGUCGGCCAAUUCCUUGAGUCUGUGUCCCCAUAUGCUUGGGCAAACUUUGGUAUUGCUAUGUGCAUAGGAUUGUCCGUCGUGGGAGCAGCAUGGGGUAUUUUUCUCACGGGCUCUUCGAUCGUCGGUGGCGGUGUCAAGGCACCUAGAAUUCGAACAAAGAACUUGAUUUCGAUUAUUUUCUGCGAAGUUGUGGCUAUCUACGGGGUUAUUAUGGCUAUUGUAUUCUCUUCGAAGCUCAACCUAGUGGACAACGAGGAGCUUCUUACGGGCGGCAACUAUUACACUGGAUACGCGCUCUUCUGGGGUGGAAUGACUGUUGGUGCAUGUAACCUGAUCUGUGGUAUCUCUGUUGGCAUGAAUGGUAGCGGUGCCGCCCUGGCAGACGCUGCCGACGCUACCCUGUUCGUGAAGAUCCUUGUCAUCGAGAUUUUCAGCUCUGUACUCGGACUUUUUGGCCUUAUUGUCGGACUUCUGAUUGCAGGAAAGGCGACUGAUUUCGGAACUUGA